AUGAGACCCGUGUGUCGAGAAUGUGCACGUUAUCUUGGAGGACACGGUGGACUCGUUGUGGCGAACUUUGGAAUUGGUGACGGUGGAUACCGGUGUCAUGUGAAAUUUCACAAAUUUCUCUCUGAGAAUGUACUGUGUGAAGACAAGUUCAGGAGGACCACUUGUGGUUUACCUCCCUGCCCACAACUCAUGAGCUACUUCUUCUUUCUCUGCAUUGCAGUAGUCAUUCCACAAUGGAAAACACGAGGAGUCGCUGCCUUAUUUGCUAGUGAUGCCAAUUCGCUGACAAUCAACCACCUUGUGGGUGUCAACAUGCCACAGCCCACAUCAUUUCAUAAUCAUUAG